UUAUUGAGAUUGUGGAUUACAGUGAUACAUUGGAAACUCGUGACAGCAGUUUAGUUAAUUUAACUAUAUAAUAAUACGAGGAAACGUAUCAAGUAAACUACAUCAAAGAAAUUAUUAUAGUUUUACGAGUUUCUUCACAUUCGUAGUCACCGGAAAUAAAAAAGGAUUGCGCUCUCUCGUGUUUCCUUUCUUUCCAACUGCCAGACACACUAAAGAGAGACGGAGACAACAUGGAUCCAAAUACUACGAUUCUUCGAGUGAAAAGAAAAAGGGGAACCGACCCCGCAGAUGCUUUGCUGCUGGCAUGCAAACGUAUCCGUCCCGAAACGUCCCAGAGCUCAGGCGAAACGGUACCUGAGCCCAACGAAGCCGAAGUGGAAAACUCUGUCUUCAAACUCGUGGCGACCGUAGCAACACAGGAAGCUCCCGUUCAGACGCAGGUUCGACAGGCUUUGGCUCGGCCUCGCACGGCGCAUGCACUGCGUCCCUCUGCUGCCAGCUCACAGCGGAUACUUGGUGAUUUACGCAGCACAAAGUGGAGUACUCGGAGAGAGGAACGCUACAGAAUACUCUCAAGCCACCGUGCUGGUCUGUCAGCCCCAGCAGAGCAACAGACACCACAGAUGGGUGCUUCUGAGUGUGUAGAGGAAACGGGGAAAGAGACAGACAAAUGCUGGGGGCUGGGUGAAAUCCAGGUGGUGGAUCUGAUCCAUGAGGAUGGAGAGGACCAGGAUAAACCUUCAGGCAAGAUACUGUCCUCAGAACCAGAUGAGAUUCUCUGUAACAACACCAAGAUGCUGCGGGAGCGUCUGAGCAUAUCUGGAGAUAGACUGGGGGAAGAGCACCGAGAGCAGGACGAUGGCUACGUCUAUGAUCUUUACUACCAGGAAACGGUCACCCCAGGGUGGAUCCAGGACAUCCUGUCUGUCAGAGCCUAUGCUGAUGAGGGAGAACUGGUUCCUGACCUUGUGGUUCAUGAAGAGGAAGUGUAUGAAGAUGAGGAUGAUGAGAACGAGGAAGGCAACUGGAGGAAUGACUACCCUGAUGAGGAGAGCAAUACAGACAGUGACAGAGAGGAGCGCUAUGGUGGUUACUGGGAGGAGGAACACUCCUACAGCAGGAGGAGCUGGCAGCGCUACCAGAGGGAAGUGAUGCAUGAGCUGGGCUGCCGUGGUGACGACGACGACAACGGCGAUGAUGACGAUGGAGACAAAUAUGAUUCCGAUUGAUCUGCUCUUCACCCCACUUGUAGUGGAUCUUUCCAGUUACCUUUCCACAAGUAACCCCUUACUCUGUGCAACAUCUGUGUAGCAGAGACUGAAAAGGUUAUAAGGAAAGAAAUCACUUUUCACAGUGUAGCAGUUUAUGUGUAGCACUCAACAAAUGGGCAACCUUUCUGGAAAACACCGGGAAACAAUACCUUGGUUAAAAACGUGCCAAAAGUAUUUUGUCACAGUUAUGAAGUUCAGUGGCCACUAACUGAUCAGAUCAUUUUCCUACACAGAUGGUGAUGGAGUAGGUGAGUUAUUUGCAGAAGGGU